AUGCAAAAUUAAUAAUUUUGUGAGGGAAGGAAAAUCGACUUGGGUUGGUUGACAGAUGCCAAGAAUGACUAUCACACUCUGCUUACCAAAUCCUUCAGACAGCAAUUCAAGGAGGAAUAAUAGAAUGUAGCAAAUAAGGAAUUGAUUACGGAUGAAAUGAUCAUGAGUCUUUGUCUGAGUGUUGAUUAAAAGAAGGAAGAAUUGGUGAUGCAAAAGAAGAGUAGUGUAACAGGUGGUUUUUUGGAUAGACAAGUAAGAUUUGAGAAGCAUAUCCUUCAAUAACUCAAAGAUCAUAAGCCUGUAAAAUCAUUCCCUCUUUAUUAAAGAGUCUAUGUGGAAACCAAGGCAGCUGAUUAAAAGACUUGGUACAACAAAAAUGGUGAUAUGGCAAGAUUAUUACUGGAAUUCGAGAAAGGACAUUCUGGUGUUUACAUAUACAGAAAGGAUAAAAAUUAGGCAAUCAAGUGGCAAAGAUAUUUGAUAAUUGAGAAAUUAUUGCAAGUGAAACCAAAAUUGGUUGCUAGAUGUUUUGAAUAUUGUUAUUAAGAAUAUGAGGAAAAGUUUACUUUUACCUGGGCAUUGGAAUUUGCUUAACUUCUUGGAACUUAUACGACACAAAUGAACCAAUUGAAAAAACAAAAGGCUAAAUUGGAUGAGAACUUUUUGAUCUCUUUAGACAGAUAAGUCAUGAAUUAUCAUAUUAAAAAAUGGUAAGCCAAGAGUGAGAAGUAAUACAAAGAUGAACAAGAUUACCAAGAAAAAAUGAAGUAAUUAUCAUUGAAAGAAUAAGAACAAUUGAAGGCUACAGAAUAAUAGAGAGAAUUGGAAAGAUAAGCCAAAGAAAAGAGGAGAUUGGAACUAUUAGAGCACAUGGUCACCUAUCUGAGACCAAAGAAUUAGGAAAUCAAACGAUUUUACAAGUAUUGGUAGGAUAGAGCAAUUCACAUUCAUCACAACAAACCAAAAGAAUUUUCGAUCAAAUUUCUAAGCAUGUACAUGUAGAGCAACACUUAAUUGAUACGCCCUUAAUUAGAAGUAAGAUUUGUAUCUGAAGUAUCUUUAUAACCAAUUAUUAUAGAGAACAGAGAACACUAAAGAUAUCGAAAACACAAAACUAUUAGAUGGCUUGCAAUAUCAAAUUGACUAAAACCCCUAUUACACUACACGUCUCCUGACUCAGAUGAGUCAAUAAAGAAGAAGAGACUUCACCAGUUGGGUAUUCAAAGAUGGAUUACUUGGAGUAUGCGGAAAUAACACAUUUACUAUUGAGAAUUUGGGAUACAGAGAUUUUCUGGACCUCCAGGUUGUAGACACAAUCAGUAACUAUUCAAUACUAAUAAAUAAGAAACCAAUACAGCUUCAAAAGUUCUGAGAAUAUAAUUGCAGGAUUUGGUUCAAUAUCUAUAUGAAGGUCGAUCUUUCUGGGUGCAAUUAGAAUUUGGCCCUUCCAAAAUCUUCGUAGAAAUGGACAUACUCGAACACUCAAACAUUGACCCCAUAUUUCUAGAUAGGUUGAAGUUCAUCCAAUUGAAUGGCAUUCUCAGAAAGAUAGCUGUAAAUAUCAUAGAAGAGAGAACACCAGUAAUAAUUAUGUAUCAUUUAGGUUCCAAUUGUAGAAACUGUGAGAUAUGGCCUUGAAAUUGAUAAAUAUAGUGAAGAAAUUCAAAAUCUGUAUUAAGGAUUUUAUAUUGAGAACAUUUGUUUAUAGCCUCAAUGUAUUCCUACAGCAUGGUUCUCUUCUUUGGAUGGAAUGGAUAAAGUAGUCAAGCCUAUCGUAGAUAUUCUUAAAAGAAAUUUCUAAGAUUUUGUUGACAAUGGAGAGAAUGUGAAAAUUUAUUAAUAAUUAAAAUCAACUCCAAAUUUGACUUUGCCUUUGGAGAAAGAUGUCCAUGAAUUCAUGAACAAAUUACCUGUUAUUUAAGCAAAUUAGCAUAAACAAUGUCAAGGCAUGUUAAUAACAUUCUUGAUUUAUUGUAAUGUUAGAGGAAUUUAAUUGAAUGCAUCAAUACUCAAUACUAUAUUUACAAUUGCAAGUAAAUUUUUGUGUAUUACGCAUUCUCACUUUUUGUAUAAACUUUCGAAUCCUGUGUUUGGUGAUAAAUUUGAUUCAGAAGCUCAAGCAUUUUGGCUCUUUGUAUCGUUUUUAGAACUAAUGAAAAAUAUUCGAUUCCCAUUAACUAAAGAAGAUGCCUUGUUUUGUCCUUAAGAGACAGUCAUACAAUAUUUGGAGUUCCAACAUCAGAGUCUGAUCAAGCACUGCAAAGUUUAUGACAUUGCUAUUAGCAAUAUCAUCUACGACAUUCUAAUAAGUCUCUACACCAACAUAGUGUAAUCCUUGCCCUUAUAUAACAUUUGGAGUUUGAUCAUAAGAAAAAUGACUACAAAUAAGAAUGUCUACCUGAUCGUAUUGAUUGUAUUGAUUGAGGAAUUGGGAGACAAACUAUUGCUUUGUCAAAAUACGGAGGAUUUUAAGAACGCCAUUUCCUUGCAAGGUAAUAAAUCAAUGAGAGAUUUUAGCUUAGCUUAUGGAUAUCCUUCAAUUGGAAGCUUCGUAUUCAAGUUGUGAAUCAACUCUGAAUAGGAUCAUUAAUUCAGAGCAAUCCGUGCACCAAUCGAUUGAACACUCUAACAUCCAUCAGCCUUUGAUAUAGGACAAUUGAUUUAUAAAAUAAUAUGUAAUUAAUUGGAUCAUCA